AUGGACGACGCGAGCCUGAGGGAACUGUUCUCCGCGUUUGGCGCUGACAAGGCGGAGGUUAUGCUGGACAGGGUGACUCAGCGCAGCCGCGGCUUUGGGUUCGUGUAUUUCAAGGACCGCGAGGGCCUCGACAGCGCCAUCCGGGAGAAGCACGACACGGAGCUCGACGGCCGCCGCAUCAGCGUCAAAUCUGCCAUCCCUGAGGACCAGAUCCCGCCAGGCCAGCGCGCCCCGCGCCGCAGCGGAGCCCCUGGCCGCUUCGGCGACCGCGGCCCCGGCGGCUAUGGGGGUGGCUACAGGGGCAAUUACGACUCAGCCAGGGGCGGUUAUGACCGUGGUUACGACCGCGGCUAUGACCGUGGUUAUGACCGGGGCGGGGGCUACGACAGGAGCGGCGGUUACGGCGGUUACGACCGCGGCGGUUACGGCGGCGGCAGCUACGACCGCGGCUAUUACGGAGGGGGCGGCGGUAGCUAUGGUUACGGGGGCGGCUACGACCGCGAUCCCCGCGGCGGCUAUUACGGCGGGGGCGGCGGCGGCGGUUACGGCGGUUACCCUGAGUCGCGCGACCCGGGCUACGACCGCGGCUACUAUGGCGGCGGCGGCGGCGCGUCCGGCUACGACGCCGGCUACUCGGCGCCGCCCCCCUCCUACGGCCCCGAGCGCGGCGCGCGCGCCUACACGCAGCCGCGGGCGGACCCCUACGCGCGCGCGCCGCCCGGCCGCUGA